AUGAACCUCAUUAACCCAAGGGACGAGCGCGAGUACAUCCCCAUCGCCGACCAUGGCUUGAUUGGGAACCUGAGGACAGCAGCUUUAGUCAGUGUCGAUGGAUCCAUCGAGAGCUACUGUGUUCCGAAUUUCGAUUCGCCAUCCGUAUUUGCAAGAAUUCUUGACAAGGACAAGGGUGGACACUUUUCCAUUAUGCCAACAGUCCCGUUCACUACUAAACAGAAUUAUUUGGCAAGCUCCAAUGUUCUCCAAACCAAAUUUAUGAACGAUGAUGGAGUGGUUAGUGUUACAGAUUAUCUGCCUCGACCUCGGAAAGAGCUUCGCACCACACCGAAGCCCCUACUACCCUGGCUCGUUCGGAAAGUAGAAUGCGUACGCGGAAAUCUCCCCAUCCUCAUGCAAUGUGCACCUGCAUUCAACUAUGCUCGCUCGCCACACACUACCACCAUCGUGGACGACGACAGCGUGCUCCCGAACGUUCAAAAGAAAGCUGUCUUUGAAUCCGAUGAACUGACACUCGACCUCCGGUACGUCGUGGAGAAUAGCAUGGAAGACCCAGAUGCUGCAGAACCCGAAAUCUCCCUGGAGUUCUUGGAUUUGUCGGCCAAAGGACACAAGGGAUUGGCUGUGCAGAGUGUUUUGAAUUUGACGGAAGGUCAGGUAGUCACCUUUAUCCUGAGGACUCCGCCCACUGUGACGACGAAGGCGAUAACCAUACCGGAUGAAGCAGCUCAGCAAACCGUGAGAGACGAGACCAGAGUUCUCCGUCGAGCUCCCGAAGAUCCGUUGUUAACGAAGGAAUUGAUGGCCUCUGUCUUGCAUGCCACUAAUCGCUACUGGUAUGAGUGGAUUAGCCAAUCAACCUAUGAUGGGUCGUGGAAAGAGGCUGUUAUGCGUAGUGCGCUCGCCCUCAAACUUUUAGUUUACGAGCCCACCGCAGGUGCUGUUGUGGCCAGUCCCACGUUUAGCCUACCGGAGUACAUUGGCGGCGUAAGGAAUUGGGAUUAUCGUGCCUCAUGGAUCCGAGACUCUUCGUUUACCCUCUACGCCCUUAUUCGAUUGGGCUUCACCGACGAAGCUAACAGUUAUCUUGAAUUCAUUUUUGAGCGUCUCAGAAACAAGAACCCAGAUGGGAGUCUUCAAAUUAUGUAUACCAUACAUGGGGGAAAAGAUCUUGAAGAAAUUGAACUACUACAUCUCGAUGGGCACAAGGGAUCCAGGCCUGUUCGUAUCGGAAAUGGUGCUGCAAAUCAUGUUCAAUUAGACAUUUACGUAUGGAUUGCAUUUACCUUGGCCAGAAGGUUACUUGUCAGGGAAUUGUCCAUAUGGGAGGUCCGGGAUAAGAAACGUCAUUUCACUUAUUCAAAGUUAACAUUUGGGACUCACGGCCUACGUCUCGCCGAUAAACGGUCACUGCCGUGUCCCAAUCGCAAUAAAUGGUUGGCUGCCCGAGACAAUUUGUACGAGGAAAUUAUGGAAAAGGCAUGGAAUAAGGAAGAAAAGUACUUCGGACAAAGUUACGAAGAUAAGGAUGUUCUUGAUUCCGCGGUAUUAAUCAUGCCUCUCGUAUUCUUCCUACAUGCCUCCGACCCAAGAUUUAUGAGCACGCUCAAACAAAUCAUGAAAUCUCCUGAAAAAGGUGGUUUGACUUCCAACAAUUUGGUCUAUCGCUACGACACGUCGAAAGCCGACGACGGUGUCGGAGGGGAAGAAGGAACCUUUUGUUUAUGCACACUCUGGUGCAUUGAGGCGCUGACACGCGCAGGAGAGGUGGAUCGUACCUUAUUACCCAAGGCUGUGAAUAUGUUUGACGACUUUUUAUUGUAUCUCAACCACGUAGGCCUGUGCACUGAAGAAAUUUCGGUUGCUGGAGAAGCCUUGGGCAAUGCCGUUCAAGGAUUUACACAUGUCACACUAAUUUCAGCGGCCUAUAAUCUGUCGCGGACUAUGCGGAAACGAAACUCGAUGUGA